CAUGGCCUAAUUCAGUUUUAUGAAAGGACUUUGAAAUACAUUGUCUUAUUUGUCCUCCAUAUCUACCUAGAGAAGUAGGUAGAAUAUCAUUAUUGCCCACUUUUCAUAAAUGAAGAGGAGAAAAUGGAGAAAUGGGGCAUCAGACCUGGGACUUGAAACCAGGUUUCCAGACUCUGAACGCUGUUGCUGCCUCUCAGCUUCCUAAGUCCUUUGGCUGCUGCGAGUGGGAGUCCCAAGCCCCAGUGGUGGCCCCACUCUGCCUACUCCUGGCUCCUCACUUGCGGCCCAGCUGUGAAGGCAGAGGCUGGACUGACCACAGGACAAGGCAGGAGACAGGGCCCAGGCCUGUGGACUCCACUCCAGGGUUUCUUUCAGCCUGCCGCCCCGUCUGGGUUAUUCUUUAGCCCCUGCUCCCCAGCAGGCCCCAAACUCUGAUGCUGGGGUGCUGGCAGCUGUGAUGUCCCAGCCCUGCUGCACAUCUGCUGACUUCCCUCCUGGAGAUUAGUGUGACCCCUCUUGCCAGACUUCAGAGAUAGGAAGGGUUGCUCCCUACCUCUCUGGUGGGCAGGCCUCUGGGCUCUCCAGAGUUGGGCCAAACACCUCACUUUCCAGAUAAAGGAAGUGGGGCACACCCAGGGGUAGAAACCGGCCUGAGAACUUCCAGCUGCUAUUAGCCCCAGACUCUCAGUUAUGUACUUCAGCCCUUGGCUAGCAGCCUGGGAUCAGGACCCAGGGGAGAGAAAAGCAGGAAUUGGCCUCCCCCUGAUAUAGAAACAUCUUGGUGAAGGGAGCUGAGCAGGCGCCACGCUCUCUCCCUGAGAGUGGCUCCCCAAGAACAGCCAGGGGUGCCUGGGCUUUGGCCAGACAAGCAGAGAGCUGCACACCAACUGCAUCCUUGUGUUUACUUCUCGUAAAAGCCCACUGGGGAAUUCUUGCCAUCUCCGUUUUACAGAGGAUGCAGAAAUUGGGGUCGAGGAGCUUCAGUACUUUGCCCAAGCUCCCCUGGCUAGUCAGUGGCGGGCUGGGGUUGGGCUCCGAGUCUGUGUCAUAGUCACUACACCACACGACCCCAGCUGCAUCAGCCCUCCUCCAGCCCUCCCUGGGCCCUGCUGGACUGCCUGUCUACCUUCAGGUCACGUGUCUCCAGCUCUUCCCAGCACAACCUCACCCUCAUCAGGGCUCUGAGGGGGCAGAGAGGACAGGCCAGAGCAAUGAGGCUGGAUUGGGGACGUAGGCCAGCCGCACUGCCGUGGCCCACUGGGAUGUAUGCUGCAGGAUGUGGGGAGGGAGCCUUCACCCUCCAGAGUGUGGCCCAGCCAAUGUGCCCCAUUGCUUCCACAGCUACAAAAUGUGGGAACUGUGGACCCGGCUACUCCACCCCUCUGGAGGCCAUGAAAGGACCCAGAGAAGAGAUCAUCUACCUGCCCUGCAUUUACCGAAACACAGGCACUGAGGCCCCAGAUUACCUGGCCACUGUGGAUGUUGACCCCAAGUCUCCCCAGUAUUGCCAGGUCAUCCACCGGCUGCCCAUGCCCAACCUGAAGGAUGAGCUGCAUCACUCAGGAUGGAACACCUGCAGCAGCUGCUUCGGUGAUAGCAGCAAGUCGCGCACCAAGCUGGUGCUGCCCAGUCUCAUCUCCUCUCGCAUCUAUGUGGUGGACGUGGGCUCUGAGCCCCGGGCCCCAAAGCUGCACAAGGUCAUUGAGCCCAAGGACAUCCAUGCCAAGUGCGAACUGGCCUUUCUCCACACCAGCCACUGCCUGGCCAGCGGGGAGGUGAUGAUCAGCUCCCUGGGAGACCUCAAGGGCAAUGGCAAAGGGGGUUUUGUGCUGCUGGAUGGGGAGACAUUCGAGGUGAAGGGGACAUGGGAGCGACCUGGGGGCGCUGCGCCAUUGGGCUAUGACUUCUGGUACCAGCCUCGACACAAUGUUAUGAUCAGCACUGAGUGGGCAGCUCCCAAUGUCUUACGAGAUGGCUUCAACCCCGCUGAUGUGGAGGCUGGGCUGUACGGGAGCCACUUAUAUGUAUGGGACUGGCAGCGCCAUGAGAUCGUGCAGACCCUGUCUCUAAAAGAUGGGCUUAUUCCAUUGGAGAUCCGCUUCCUGCACAACCCAGAUGCUGCCCAAGGCUUUGUGGGCUGCGCGCUCAGCUCCACCAUCCAGCGCUUCUACAAGAACGAGGGAGGUACUUGGUCAGUGGAGAAGGUGAUCCAGGUGCCCCCCAAGAAAGUGAAGGGCUGGCUGCUGCCUGAAAUGCCAGGCCUGAUCACCGACAUCCUGCUGUCCCUGGAUGACCGCUUCCUGUACUUCAGCAACUGGCUGCAUGGGGACCUGAGGCAGUAUGACGUCUCUGACCCACAGAGGCCCCGCCUCACAGGACAGCUCUUCCUCGGGGGCAGCAUCGUUAAGGGAGGCCCCGUGCAAGUGCUAGAGGACCAGGAACUAAAGUCCCAGCCAGAGCCCCUGGUGGUCAAGGGAAAACGGGUGGCUGGAGGCCCUCAGAUGAUCCAGCUCAGCCUGGACGGGAAGCGCCUCUACGUGACCACGUCGCUGUACAGCGCCUGGGACAAGCAGUUUUACCCUGAUCUCAUCAGGGAAGGCUCUGUGAUGCUGCAGGUUGAUGUAGACACAGUAAAAGGAGGGCUGAAGUUGAACCCCAACUUCCUGGUGGACUUCGGGAAGGAGCCUCUAGGCCCAGCCCUCGCCCAUGAACUCCGCUACCCUGGGGGCGACUGUAGCUCUGACAUCUGGAUUUGAACUCCACCCUCAUCACCCUCAGUCCAUAUUUUGAGCCCUCACUUCCUUGGGGACCUGGCUUCAUUCUGCUCUCUCUUGGCACCCAACCCUUGGCAGCAUGUACCACACAGCCAAGCUGAGACUGUGGCAACGUGUUGAGUGGUAUCCAUUUACUGACCACUGUUGCUUGUUGCUCACUGUGCUGCUUUUCCAUGAGCUCUUGGAGGCACCAAGAAAUAAACUGUUGACCCUGUUCUUCA